CCACAAGUUCCGUCUGACUAACCAGUUACAGAAUAGCAGGUUUACAACAACAACUUGCCUCUCCCUUUUUCGCCAUACACAUGUAAAAUGAGAGAACAUUUUACAUAUAGUCACUAGGGCUGAGGAAGUUGCAAGGCGCCUUUUCUGGCACUGAAAUAUCAAACAGCUCCGCUUAGUGGCUAUUAGGGCGGCGCUUGGUUAAUUUGCUGCUCAUUCCUCAAACGACUGUCUGGCUGCUUUCUGCCCUGUAAAAACACGCACAAGUGCACAAUGUCUGGAAGAGGCAAGGGAGGCAAAGGACUCGGCAAAGGGGGCGCUAAGCGUCAUCGCAAAGUACUCCGCGAUAACAUCCAGGGAAUCACCAAGCCUGCUAUUCGUCGCCUGGCUCGCCGUGGAGGAGUGAAGCGAAUCUCCGGCCUCAUCUAUGAGGAGACCCGCGGGGUGUUGAAGGUGUUUCUGGAGAAUGUGAUCCGGGAUGCAGUCACCUACACUGAGCACGCCAAGAGAAAGACCGUCACCGCCAUAGAUGUGGUGUAUGCUCUGAAACGCCAGGGUCGCACUCUGUACGGAUUUGGAGGUUAAACGUACCGAUGGGAAAAGAAAAGCACAAAACAAAUGCUCUUUUAAAGGAGAAAGUGGGUGGCUCUUAAAGAGCUGUGAAACAUUAUAUAAGCUUUACAAAUCAUGCGUAUCAGCAAGCAACAUGUUUUGUCUAGUCUUAGGAUGGAUUUUUACAAAAAGAGUCACUCUGUAAUAAAAACAAUUCCAUAUAGAUUAAUGGCUCUUUCUCGAAGUCGAUAAAAACAAGAUUUCUACAUAUAGCUCUCCGUUUACAAGAGUGCAAUGCACGUCAAUAAAAACAUUUCAUAUGGUAUUAAAAUGGUCGGUGAGUUAAAAAUGAAGUAGAUGUUGUGUGCUGACUUUUGAAGGUUGCUGAUUAAUAAAGUAAAAACAAUAAUAACGGUCAUCCUACCGAGUCACUAGGUCUUCGUAAUGCCACUAUAUUUGAAACUACUCGUGUGCACAAUGGCUUUUUUUUUAAGAUUGUAGAAUGUUCCAUGUAUUUUAUGUUUCUCAUUUGUGAACGUUGUAUUGCUCGAGUGCAACGGGUGUCGCUGUAAAAUGUAAAAUACAUUUCACUUUUGCUUUUAUGAUUUGAAAUGGUCACGUCUUUUCCCCGUCCUUUCGCAUGACCUCAAAUGGCUGCAGCGAUUCUUUGUUCCCCUUGGCGCCAAUUUACCCCACCCCUACAUGCAUGCUCCCCUGUUUAGGGGGCUGGGGGUCGCAUGUGUAGUUAACUCGCUAUGCGAGUACCGGCAAUAAGAUACAAGUGUGGUUGCUGUCCUGUUCUGUAUUCUUGUGCCCUCUGCCGGUUAUAUAUUGUAAUAAACAGAGAUAUAUAUUUUUAUGUGAAGUAUGGUCGCCUACCGAAGUACACGUAAUACAAAUGAUUUGCUUCUUUUAUGCAGUAAAUAACAAACAGUCUGUCUUCAGAGGCACU